UUAUUAGACACAAAAAUGUGUAAAUUUUAACUAAAUUAGCAUGUGUACAAAGCCAUAAAAUGCUUUCUUGGAUUUCUUUGAUCCGUCACCGAAACACGCGAAGACCGUGCGGGCUGUCGGUGGGUGGCAGCAGGUGCAACAAGAAGAAGAUAAUAAUAAGAGUUCUGUCGCUGUCGCUGCUGCUGUUGCUGCUGCAUGUGUGUUCGUGUGCCUCUGCCUGCAGUCGCAAGAUAAAUAAAAAAUUCUUGGCCAUAAAAAAUAACAAUCCCGAAGAUCGGAAUAAACCCCCUUUGAUACCAAUAAGGAGCAGCAGCAUGGAGGACGACAACGAGGUGUACGAUGACAUGAACCUCUACAUCACCCCCGAGAGCUUCAUUGUGGAGCCAAAUGGCAGCGGGGAGGUAUUGAUUAUCGGCCGACACGACAAGGUCACGCGAGUGCAGCCAACGGGCGGGCAGCUGGCGAACCUGCGGCCCACUCGACGCAUCUGCGGUGUCCUCGGCACGAUUCACUUGCUCAGCUGCGACUAUCUGCUGGUGGCCACCCACCGCCUGUUCGUGGGCGUGCUGAACGGAUCGAUUGUGUGGCGACUGGCCGGAUACGACAUAAUUCCGUACAUUCCGAAUGCCAUUCAGCGGAAGGAGAACGAGACGUAUCUGCAGAUGCUGCGCAUGACGCUGGACACCAAGUACUUCUACUUCUCGUACCGCUACGACCUAACCCACACGAUGCAACGGCGGCGGGAGCUGAAGGGCCAAACCGUGCGGCAGGGCCUGCUGCAACGAGCCGAUCCCCGGUUCGUGUGGAACGGCCACGUGCUUCAGCAGUUCCAAUGCGACAAGAUGCAGAGAUUCCAGCUGCCGCUGAUCCACGGCUUUGUCUCCGUCAACCAGGUGCAGAUCAACGGCCAGACCUUCUUCUGGAGCAUCGUCACGCGCCGGUCUGUCCAGCGGGCGGGCACGCGCCUCUUCUGCCGCGGCAUCAACGACGAGGGGCAUGUGGCGAACUUUGUGGAAACGGAGCAGAUCGUCGAGUUCAACGGACAACACACGAGCUUCGUCCAGACGCGCGGCAGCAUGCCCUUCCACUGGCACCAGCUGCCGAAUCUGCGGUACAAGCCCCGUCCGAGGCUGAUCCCCGGCAAGGAUCACCUGGCAGCCUGUGCCGCCCAUUUCCAGGAUCAGGUGAAGCGCUACGGCGCCCAGGUGGCCGUCAAUCUGGUGGAUCAAAAGGGCGCCGAGGGUGAGCUAGAGGCUACGUUCGCGCGGCUCGUCAGGGAGUUGGGCAAUCCGUUGGUCAAGUACGAGGCCUUCGACUUCCAUCACGAGUGCCGGAAGAUGCGCUGGGAUCGGCUGAACAUCCUUAUCGAUCGGCUAGCCCACGAUACGGAGAGGUUCGCUUUCUAUCACAGCUUCGACGACGGCCGGCUGGUGUCCACGCAGACGGGGGUGUUCCGCACCAACUGCAUCGAUUGCUUGGAUCGCACGAAUGUCGUCCAGAGCAUGCUCGCGCGACGCUCCCUCACGUCCGUCCUCCAGAAGCUGGGCGUCCUACAUGUUGGCCAGCCCGUGGAGCAGGCAUCGCGUGGCUUCGAGGAUCUCUUCAAGGGCGUCUGGGCGGACAAUGCGGACCUCAUCUCGCUGCAGUACUCUGGCACGGGUGCGCUAAAGACGGACUUCACGCGCACCGGAAAGCGAACCAAAGCGGGCGCCCUGCAGGACGGCAAGAAUUCGAUGAUUCGCUACUAUUUGAAUAACUUUGCGGAUGGGCAGCGGCAGGACGGUAUCGAUCUGUUCCUUGGACAUUAUUUGAUCAACGAUAACGAGGGCGGGGCCCUACCAUCGCCGCUGGAGUGGCGACGGGGCUGGAGGUUCUUUGCCUUCCCAUCGGUGCUGCUGAUGGCCAUGGCCAUGUUCAUGAUCACCCUCACAUAUCCCGCGGAGUUCAACACGGAGAACCUGCUCUUCAUGCUCUUCUGGGGCGCCAUGAUUGCUGUGAGUGCCACGGGUAUCCUCCACUACGGCGUGGAGUUUGUGCAAUGGCCGCGGCUCUUUCCGCCGGUGGCCUUUCGCGGCGCCUGACGUUAGUGUCGUCUAGGAAGGAUCUACCAGGAUCUACUACCUCUGCAGCAGCACACAAGACGCUUCCACACUCUGGACUCCACUCCACUCCACACACACACACACGCAGCAUCCUGCUCCUACUCCAAAUCCUGUAAACACUCCUGUAAAUUCCUGUAAUACGAUGAUUCUAUCGAUUCCUCGCUCUGUGUUCCGUCUUCUGUUUUCUGUUGGGUUUCGCACCCUUCACUUUUCCUCUGGCAUUUAGCAAUCGACUUUAUGGUAGAUCUUAAGACAAGCCUCCUCCUCCUCCUGCAGGAAUUGUAGAUACAUUUUCGGACUGGGUGAUCCGAUCCGCUUUGUAGCUAUUGUAUGUUUUUAAGUGCAAAGUAGUUCAAUCAAUCAAUCAAUCGAUCAAUCUUUUGUAGAACCAUUUAACGUGACGUUGAAUAAAGUAUUUUACGCAUUGCUAGAAA